AGGAAUCAUCCCCGGGAGCCACUCGGGGCUGGGAAAAUGGAAAGUGAGAGAGCCAAAAAUACACGCAGAUCACCUAGACUACCUGCUCCGGCUCAGCAAGGGGAGGAGGACGCACAAGUGCAGGCGCGUCCACGCGUGCCAACCGAGCUAGACAAGAAAAGGACAACAACACAUCGAAAACUGGAAUGAGAGUUUAGCUUGGACACUCUUUGGAGCCAAAAGCUCAUCUUUGCUGCAAGAAUCAGCCUAAAUGAGUACACACUAAGAAGAGUCAUGCAUCUCAACAGAGAAGAAGAUAACACCGGUGGUUCAGUGUCUCUCAGUGUAUUCCUGGUGUCUUUGGCAUUCCUAGUAUGUGCCCUUUGGCUGGUAGCUCUAUGUGGCGUCUGCACAUGGUGUCAGCGUAAACUGGGGAAGAGAAACAAGCCCGGGGUGGAAGCUGCCAGUUCUCCAGAGUCUGUGCGAGGUCGAGGGGAAAAUAAAGCCAUCAAUGAGCUCGACAGAGACUUUUGGAAUAACAAUGACAGCAGCAAUGUGCAACAGAGGUGGAGCUCCUACCCACCGAAAGAGUUCCUCUUAAACAUGUCUCCCUACGCUCCCUAUGGUGACCCUCGCCUCACACCCAAUGGGGCUGUGGAUAAAAGUAGGCAGGGCGGAGCUGGACCCUCGCCGGGGGCCAGUGACAGCGGGGUCGCUGCUUGCUCUGGGGCUGAGGCAGGGCCCAGUCGCAGUGACAGCAUUCGAAGCAUGCUGACUGGGGGCAGCAGGGCUGGACGUUGGCAGACGGUCCAGAGCCACAUGCACGCAGGAGGCCUGCGUUUUAGCAAUUUUGGAGACGCCUCCCUCUCAACUACCUCCACACUGGAGCACAUCCCGUCCUCAGCUGUGGCUCGCCCCCGGCCUCUUGUCCGACAACAGAGCCUCCAACAGCCCCUCACCCACCAGCCCCCUCCGGGGCCUAACGACCCUCCAGUCACCUCACAGAGCCUGGGCCAACUGCACACAGGUCCAGGUGCUGGGGGCCACCGUGGGGGCCCACGAGGGGUCCGGGGGAGUACGGCUGGAGCCUCCCGAUACAGAGGGGGAGGGGCCGGACGCUCCAGGUCGAAUCCAGGCAGCUGGGACCACAUGAUGGAACAGAUCCGCAACAGAGGGCUGGACGUCAAGUCGUUCUUUGAGGGGAAGAUGGUUGUUCUGUCUCUAGCAAUUGGACUGGCCGAACAAGAUGACUUCGCGAACCUCCCUGACCUACAGGAAGCGCCAGCGAGCAAAGAAAAUGAAACCACCCCAGAGAAGAGGACUCCUGGUAACAAACUAGGCAGCAGUCCCAGAGGUCACACCCCAGAUGAGAGUGGACGCCGGCAGGGCUCGGCCCACAAUGCCAACUCAUCCGUCUCCGAUUUAGCCAACUCAGUCACCAGUGAAAUGCUCAUGUUGUCUCCAGGCUCGGAAGAAGACGAACACGAGGGACCAGUGUGUGAGAAGUUGGGUCGCAUUCAGUUCAGCGUAGGAUACAGCUUCCAGGACUCCACCCUCACUGUCAAAAUCCUCAAGGGCCAGGAAUUGCCUGCCAAGGACUUUUCCGGCACUUCCGACCCCUUUGUCAAACUCUACCUGCUGCCUGACAAGAAGCACAAACUGGAGACCAAAGUGAAGAGGAAGAAUCUGAACCCACAUUGGAAUGAGACCUUUUUGUUUGAAGGGUUCCCAUUUGAGAAAGUGGUCCAGAGAACUCUCUACCUGCAGGUUCUGGAUUAUGACCGCUUCAGCAGGAAUGACCCCAUCGGAGAGGUGUCCAUCCCCCUCAACAAAUUGGAUCUGGCCAACAUGCAGACUUUCUGGAAGGAAUUGAAACCAUGUAGCGAUGGCAGUGGAAGCCGAGGAGAUCUGUUGGUGUCUCUGUGCUACAACCCCACCGCCAACACGAUCACUGUGAGCAUCGUCAAAGCCCGCAACCUCAAAGCCAUGGACAUUGGAGGCACUUCUGACCCCUACGUGAAGGUGUGGUUGAUGAACAAGGACAAGCGUGUGGAGAAGAAAAAGACGGUGGUAAUGAAGCGUUGUCUAAACCCUGUUUUCAACGAGUCCUUUCCCUUUGACGUGCCUGCCCACGUGCUGAGGGAGACCACCAUAAUUAUCACUGUCAUGGACAAGGACAGGCUUAGUCGCAAUGAUGUCAUUGGAAAGAUUUAUCUCUCAUGGAAGAGUGGCCCCGCGGAGGUGAAACACUGGAAAGACAUGAUGGGUCAUCCCCGCACUGCCGUGGCCCAAUGGCAUGCACUCAAGGCCUGAGGGAGCGAGCGGGCUCUGUUCUCCGUGCCCUCGGCUCACAUAUCCUGCUCUCGAGCUGCGGCCGCGGGUUGCAGACAGUGUGCGUCACCUCUUUGUUCUCAGGCCUCUUUGAAAUCCUUGACUCCUAAAUUUCACCCCUUGUCAAACAGUGAUGCCCACUUGACCCCCUCCUCUCUCAUUCCUCUGACCUUUAAAUGUAUUCGAUGUCCACCCACUUCCUCCUUGUACUGUCUUUUUAUGAGAUUUUUUUUUUUUGUUCACAAUACCACUGUGUCUUUCUUGUCAACCACUCCUAGUGUUAAACACAAGAGCAGUACCUCUUGCCACACGAGAAUACAAGUACUGUUUACCAAAACAACGGAAAAAUCCCAAACUCCUGUAUGGUGUUAAGCAUAGAGGUCAGAAACAGCCCUGUGGGCCAAUGGCACUGCCCCCAUAUGAUGUUAGAGCGAGGGAGCACUUGUCUCUACUCUGCUGUUGCUGUCACUGCCAGUCUACGUAUAUCCUGAUCAUGCCCCAAGCAUCAGGAAGUUGAUGAAUGCAAUGGAUGUAAAGUGGACUUUUUCUUUUUGCUCGGGAAGCUGUGUAACCAUUUACCUUGACCAGACCCCCUUGUUGUCUGUGCGUGAUGUGUGUGGGUGAUGUGCUGUGACCCCCCCCCCCCCCCCCCCCCCCCAAAUGGAGUUCUUCAAAAAAGAGGAGGAUUCAAUGAUAAAACCUCCAGUCCUGGGCCACAAAGCGUCAAAACAUUGUCCUGUUUUUGGACGGAAAAAAAGGAGUAGAAGAGAUUCGUGUGUUAUCUUUUGUUUACAAAAAAAUAACUAAGAAUCGAGAAAUGUUUGUGUGCAUCAGUGGAUGAAUGAGGAAUCACUUUGGGCGUAGUCUUGAUGAUAAAGAUGGAUUAAUUCUAGCUCGAAAAAAUGGUGCGUUCUUUUAGUCAUUCCAAAGAAAACGUGUAAUUUCAGACUUUAUAUUUUCAUUAGGCAGUAGUCUCGGGGUGGAUCACCCUUGUACGAAAACGACAUGAUUAGGCGGGUGAGUCGAAAUAAAUCCGUAAAGGUUCAUUUAUGCCUUCUAUUCAGCUGCCAAAUUGAACUCUUUGCCAGCAGCAAAUGAAGUUUGUUCCGUCUGGAUUUUUUGUCCAUUCUGGAGUUUUGUCUUCCAGUUAUUUGUUUCAUUGGUUCAAGAACCAAGAAAUACCUGCCCUUAAAUCCUCUUGUUCAUUGUGCUUUCUGAAUGAAUAAAGGAAAGUCUCCUAUUUGUGUGCGUGCGUGUGCACGCGCCUGCGCCGUGUGUGUGUGUGUGCGUGUGUGUGCGUGCGUGUGUGCGUGUGUGUGUCUGAUCAUAGUAAGUCCAUGAUUAAAAAGUUUAUCAGCUCUCUGUGCAA